AUGUUAACUAAUCUUGGAACAAAAUUAAAAUCUAUUUCACAAGAUAAAACCGAUAUCAAUAUACAAAUAAAAAAACCAUUACUUGAACAUCAUAUACAAAUUGUUGGUUUUGAUGAAAAAAUGUUGGUCUUACAAUCAUUAAGAUUAUUAAAAAGGCCAAUAGUACAUGAACAUGAUGAAAAUGAUUAUCGAUUUUUAGUUAAAGAUGGAGAAGAGAUUCGACCAGAUCAACGUAUUGAAGCAUUAUUUUCAAUAAUGAAUGAUCUUUAUCAUGAUGAUGCAAAUUUUAUCUCAAUGUCAACAAAAUUAGGUAUAGUUGAAUGGCUUGAUAAUACUCGACCAUUGAAAGAAUUAAUUGAAGAAAGUUAUACAAAUUCUGAACAUGAUAUUAUCACUCAAGGUCAACAUUCAAUAAAACUUUAUCAAGAAUAUGUUAUCAAUAAUUUUCAAAAACCUAAACCAACUGCUAAAUCAACAAGCAAUACGAUAAUGUAUGCAGAAGUAUUUGUUAGUUUAACCAAAAUACAAGUCGAGGAAGACUUUAAGAAAAUUCAAUCAGUUGUUCCAAGUGAUUUACUUCGUCGUGCUUAUUAUAAAAUUGCUAAUUCACAUGAAGAAUUGUAUACACUUCGAAGAUAA